AGUGAAGACAAAGCAGAGAUACACAAGGCCCCACAGCAGCCUUGCCUCUCUAGAACUUGACACUUGCCAGACGUGGCCAGCAUGGUUGUCCUGAAUCCAAUGACUUUGGGAAUUUACCUCCAGCUUUUCUUCCGCUUGAUCGUGUCUCAGCCUACUUUCAUCAACACCGUCCUCCCCAUCUCAGCAGCUCUUCCUAGCCUGGAUCAGAAGAAACGGGGCAGCCACAAAGCAUGCUGCCUGCUGACCCCCCCUCCGCCCCCACUGUUCCCACCACCAUUCUUCAGAGGAGGCCGAAAUCCACUUCUCUCCCCAGACGUGAAGAAUCUCCUCCUGGAACUCGAGACCACACCAUCCCCAUGCAUGCAAGGCUCACAUGGCUCUCCUGGGCCACCUGGCCCCCAGGGUCCACCGGGGCUUCCUGGCAAGACAGGACCAAAAGGAGAAAAGGGGGAGCUUGGCCGACCAGGAAGGAAGGGUAGACCUGGUCCCCCAGGUGUUCCUGGCAUGCGUGGGCCCACUGGCUGGCCAGGUCCUGAAGGACCCAGGGGUGAAAAAGGUGACCUGGGUAUGAUGGGCUUGCCAGGGUCAAGAGGACCAAUGGGCUCAAAGGGCUACCCUGGAUCCAGAGGGGAAAAGGGAUCUAGAGGUGCACCGGGUGACUUGGGUCCCAAAGGAGAAAAGGGUUUCCCAGGACUUCCUGGAAUGUUGGGGCAGAAAGGUGAAAUGGGCCCAAAGGGUGAACCUGGUAUAGCAGGACACCGAGGACCCACAGGAAGACCAGGAAAACGAGGCAAGCAGGGACAGAAAGGAGAUAGCGGAGUCAUGGGCCCACCUGGCAAGCCUGGGCCUUCUGGUCAACCUGGCCGUCCAGGCCCUCCAGGACUCCCAGGCCCUGUGUCUGCAGGACAACGUGUAAUGGGACCCAAGGGGGAAAGAGGAUUUCCAGGGCCUCCAGGAAGAUGUCUUUGUGGACCUCCUGUGAAUGUGAAUAACCCCUCCUAUGAGGAUUCCAUGUAUGGGUCCAGUUCCCUGCAAGUUCCUGCGAUUUUUGUGGUCAACAACCAGGAAGAGCUUGAGAGGCUGAACACCCAAAAUGCCAUUGCCUUCCGCAGAGACCAGAGAUCUCUGUACUUCAAGGACAGCCUUGGCUGGCUUCCCAUCCAGUUGACCCCUUUCUACCCUGUGGAUUACACCGUAGACCAGCGUGGUACCUGUGGGGACGGGCUCCUGCAGCCUGGAGAGGAGUGUGAUGACGGAAACCACGAUGCGGGUGAUGACUGCAUCAACUGCCACCGGGCCUACUGUGGAGAUGGUUACCGGCACGAGGGUGUGGAAGAUUGUGACGGCUCUGACUUUGGCUAUCUGACGUGCGAGACCUAUCUCCCUGGGUCAUAUGGAGACCUGCGGUGCACCCAGUACUGCUCAAUCGACUCCACGCCCUGCCGCUACUUUACCUGAAGGCGUGAGGAGCAGGUGGGCUGCAGCUCAUCUAACUGGGAGCAGCUCCUCCACCCUUAUCAAGCCGGCCUGGUGCUCUCCUGGGCCUGUGGUCACCAACCUCCAUGUGACACAAAACAAGGAUGAAUUCCUGCUGCUAAGAUACACUUUGGACGACUCAGUCCACUUGGAAGAAUUUAGGACCAGUACAUCCUGUCUUAAUCCAAAAUGCCAGAAACCUGCCACAUGCCCACCCUGAGACCUGUUCGCCAUCUUUACCAUCCAACCAAACCACUGGCUAGAAUGCCUCUCAGAUCUGGAAUGUUCCCAGCCCAGGCUGUGGACUUGGCUUAGCACUGUUAGACAAACAAAACCAGCUGAGCUGUUGUAGUUUGUUCUCAUCUCAUUUGCAGAGUCUGGUGUUCCAGGCUUCCCUGCUCCUUGGACUUCUAUGCCUGCAGGCAUUCUUGCCCAGGGUGAGUGAUCACGUAUGCCAAAUGUCUGGCCACCAAGAUCAGGGAGGUGAGCUUUGAACCAGCUGAGGACGCUUCAACUAGCCAGAGCCUGGCCCAGCCUCAAGUGACUGUGGCUCAUCUAGGAAGAGACCCAACUGUGAAAAAAGUACUGAGAAAGCCACAAGACUCUGCUUGCGCCUGAGCAGAGGGCUGAGGCGCAGCUGGGUUGCUUGCCACGUGAACAAUAAUAGCAAAGCAGCAGCCCUCCUUUUCCUGAUGGUUCUUGUUUUCAAAUCCCUGGUGCCAUCGUGACCUCAUGGCUGUCUUUGCACUUUGACCUCUGUCUCACACAUAUCCUUCAUGUCUAUUUCCUGCUCAGGAGACUUGCUCACAAGCCCUCACCUGAGUCAGUGUUGCUGGUUCCUUGUCUUUAGAGAUUAGAAUGUUGGCUUUCCCCACCCAGGACUCCAUUGCUGAGUUCAGCCUUGGCAGCAACUAUGUCCUGGGCUUCAUCUCCUUGCUCCCUGCUGAUUCCUGGGAGUGCCCGGUGAUCCCCUUUCCUGUCUGUGCUCAUGUCUGUGUGUCUGAGCUGUUCCUUUCCUAUAGGCUCCUUGGUCCUGCAUGGCUGGGUAGUGCUUUUUAUCCCCAUCUUUCUUGAGUGAGACAUGGCUUUAUUUUGGAAAGACGUCUCCAGGGGCUUCUCCUUGUUACCAGAUGCUGUAGUACAAAGUUAUUCAAUGAGCCUGAGUCAUGGAAUCCAGGAGGCAGGCGCUUCUGGCCCAGCAAAUCAUCUGGAAUGGUCUGUAGGUGAACAAUCUCUGCCAAGGUGACAUUAGCCCCCAAGGUUAUGUCUUCAGAGGCAGUCACUGGUCAAUAUGGCAAAUUCUUGUCCUGAGGAGAUGUUACCUUCAUGAUGCUUCCAUGACCAUAGUGGGACUUCUGGAUGGGAAAUUAAGAAAUAAAGGCAGUUCCUUGCUGUGA